GUUUGGUUGAUGAAUGGUGUAAUGUGAGUGUGCAGAGUAACCCCAAGGAAUGAAAAUCUAAAGCAGCCACCUUUAAAUUUUCCCACCGUGCCCGAAAAGUAAUCAAUUCAAACAAUUUGCCCAAGACACUUAGAUACGAUGAUUUUGAAAUGCCUGCCAUUUGGCCUGAAAACCAAUCAGAAUACAGCACCCAAGAGUGGGAAAAAAGAUUUUGUUAUACAGUACACAAAGUAUCAUUUUUAUGUCAUGUUAAUUCAAUGAAAUUAAUGUAAUAAUGAAACAAGGUAAUUUGAUUUCAUGUACACAGAAGGAGAGUAUCAUGUUAAGAUAUCCAGAUCAUAUGAAAAAAUUAAUAUCUUGUGGGACCAUUUGACAAGACAGAAAAUGCAAGAGCAGUUAUUUAUAAACAAGACAAAACUAAAAUCUUUAGAGAAUCUAUAUCAAUCAACCGUUAGCCAAUUAUCCAAGGUUUACAUCUUCCACUGCUCAUCACAAUCAAUCUACUUAUCUCCCUUUGCUCACCACAACCAAACAUUUUAUCUUCCACUGCUCAUCACAAUCAAUCUACUUAUCUCCCUUUGCUCACCACAACCAAACAUUUUAUCUUCCACUGCUCAUCACAAUCAAUCUACUUAUCUCCCUUUGCGCACCACAACCAAACAUUUUAUCUUCCACUGCUCAUCACAAUCAAUCUACUUAUCUCCCUUUGCUCACCACAACCAAACAUUUUAUCUUCCACUGCUCAUCACAAUCAAUCUACUUAUCUCCCUUUGCGCACCACAACCAAACAUUUUAUCUUGCACUGCUCACCACAAUCAACCUACUUAUCUUGCACUGCUCACCACAAUCAACCUACUUAUCUCCCACUGCUCACCACAAUCAAUCUACUUAUCUUCCGCUGCUCACCACAACCAGCAUACUUGUAUGACACUGCUCACCACAAUCAACCUAUUUACCUUGCACUGCUCACCACAAUCAACCUAUUUAUCUUCCACUGCUCACCACAAUCAAUCUACUUAUCUCCCACUGCUCACCACAAUCAACCUACUUAUCUUGCACUGCUCACCACAAUCAACCUACUUAUCUCC